UACCUGUGCUAAUUAGCUAUCUGAGUUUCCGAACACCUGUGUGUAAAUGGAAGAUGGACGCCACAAACGUGUUGUCACUUAAAAAUACUGUCAUCUGCAACUGUUAAAACCGGUUAAGACGGUGUACAGUAAGUGUGUAUUUUGCAUUUGUGAAAUGAUUUUUGAUGUGAUAUGAAAGUAGAGGGAUUUAGGUUUCUAGAACCGUACCGCAAUUGAGAAUCGAUUCACAUUUAGAUGGGAGUAUUGUUAGGGUUGCGUAAGUUCAACUGAGAUAGGAACAAUAGGACAACUGAACUUGAUUAAAAUAAUUGUUUAAUUUAAAAGUUAAUAAAUGGCAAAUGCAUUUUUUGUAUAUACGGGUCCACUGCACCACCCCGCAGGGUGGUAACAGAGAAGACUUGUUACUGACAAAGACAUUAUAAUAAAUACUCAUGACAGAGAUAGUUCCCACUUCCGAGGGAACCGUAUGUGGCWGUUUAGGAUUGCAAAGCCAAUUCACCCUUUAAACAGAACAUGUAAAUCCUUGGACUAAGAAAUAUUAGGCUCCUUUAGGCCAAUAUUGGGCCGGUGGAAGAGGAUCAAUAAUUGUUCUCAAAUUACGUUGGUUCAUUAGUCAUGUGUGAUGUCUGUCAUUAAAAAUAUUUUUUUUCAUCCGGACUCGGUCAGAUACAGAAACACGAGUCAUAGACACACAUUGCAGCGGAACUAUUGUAUCAAAACUCUAACUGUUCCCCCUACGGAAGCMUUUUUAUAUUGCACCGCAACGUUCACGUGUAAACAACUUGAAUGAUUUUGUUCUACAUACUUUAUGUAGACAUAUUUCUUGUCAUACGUGUCGCUUCAGUAGUCAAUACUAAGAAACCGUAAUUCAGCAACUAGUUUAAUCUUCAAAUACAUCCACCUUAUUUGGAGUGAAUAUGGCUUCACUAUCACAACAGGGCGAUGAUAGCGACGAUGGCAUGGACGACUUUAUGGAGAAAUUCAAGAAAGAGAAAUAUAGCAACGCCUUUUCCGAGAAGAACUGGGAAGAGGAGUUCGAUAAGGUGCCUAUGUUCAUGAAGACAGCGCCUGAUGAGAUUGACCCCAUGAAACACCCGGAGCUGGCUGCUAUUCAGUCCAUCAUCCACGACGAUGACAGACCACUAAAGGAGCAAGCCGAGAGCCUGAAAGAUGAGGGGAACGACUACUUCAAAGAGAAGAACUACAAGAAAGCUAUAGUGUCCUACACAGCCGGACUGAAGAAGAACUGCAGUGACUCUAAUGUCAAUGCCAUCCUGCUCACUAACCGAGCGGCAGCACACUUCCACCUGGGUAACAUGCGCUCUGCACUGAAUGAUUCUGUCACUGCAAAGAAGUUUAAACCAGACCACCUCAAAGCAUUAAUUAGAGGUGCCUCGUGUUGUAUGGAGCUGAAAAAAUAUACAGAUGCCCUGCUGUGGUGUGAGGAGGGGCUCAAGCUACAGCCCACAGACAAGAAGCUACUGGAGCUGAGAGCUACAGCAGAUAAACACAAGAGAGCAGCAGAGAGAGAUGCAAGGAAGGUGAAGGUUAAAGAAAAGAAGGAGCUCAGUGAGAGAGAGGCUCUGCUGGCUGCUAUAAAGGAGCGUGGCAUCAAGUUACUGAAGCCUAAGCAGCGUCCUAAGCGCAGCUCUGACAGUGAUGAUGAUAAUAGAGGCUCCUCUAGAGCCACGGCAGGCCUGGACCUGGACGGUCUGUGUUCUGUGGAGGCCACAGGGGCCAAGGUGUUCCUGGAUGAACAGGGUGUCAUGCAUUGGCCAGUCCUCUUCCUCUACCCCGAACACCAACAAACAGACUUCAUCUCAGCCUUCAGCGAAUCCUCCAGCUUUCUUGAUCACCUGACUCUCAUGUUUGGAGAGGAACUCCCACCUUGGGACACUAACCGGAAGUACUCUCCCCAAAACCUCCAGCUGUUCUUUGAAGACCACGAGAAAGAGUCCUUAUAUCAAGUCAAUCCAGAGACGCCUCUCAUUAAAAUCCUUCAGCAUAAAAGGUGUUUUGUAAAAGCAGGAACUCCCAGCUUUGUCAUUCUGGUAAAUGGGUCGCCGUUUUGCGAGAAGUUCUUAUCAGAAAGGAAAACCCAUCGACUGUAAUGACACACCUCAUUAAUCAGCCUAGACCUGUCAAUCUCACAGAGUACUGGUAUGAACUCUUUCCCACCAAUCGGAAAGGACUGCACUCCUCUCCACUCCCUGCCCAAAGUAUAUGUAAAAGUGUAGAUUUGGUUAUUUAAGAGAAGAAGAGAUUAAUGUUAUGGGAGCCUUUACAUUGUUCCAGAUAUCUCCAACAUACUCUGUGAUUGGCAAGAUUGCAGUGUUCAUUACUGUAUGUAUAGAUCAAAUUCUAUAUGAGUGUUUAUCUAGGAACCUGUCAUAAAAUCUGUUAUAAUUAAGUCACCAUGUCACUAUUACUAAAAGGCCUUACAACAAAGUA